UCAUAUUGUUUGCUAAUUUAAUUAUGUUAGUACUUUAUAAUUUAUUGUAUACAAUAAAUUAUAAAUUACUUUUAGCUAUUUAAAUUAUUUUAUUAAUUAUACAGUAAAUAAACAAUUAAAUGACGGUCUCGGAUCCACUGAUUAAAGACUUGAAAGGAUGGGCGAGAAAAUUGACAGAAUUAAAUGCUGAUAUAACUGACAGAAGUCCGGAUAUAUUAUUAUUCUGCGAAUGUUUAGAAAAAUGUUUGCAACAGGGUAUUAUACAUCAUCUAAACUCUUUUGGUCUAUCAAAAUCAUCAGAAGUGUGGGACUGGAUUGAAGAAUUAAUAGAAAAACAUCUGGGUGAUCUGCCGACAUUGUCACUGGCAUUUGAGGCAGUUUCACAAAAUGAAAAAAUCCAAACACCUGUUGGGAAAUUGCGGCUAUUUAUUAGGAUAUGUUUGGUGAAAAAAUGCUUCCACUUGCCUGUGCAGAUGUUAGUCAGAAAACCUGGAGUGUCCCGAGAUUAUUACGAACCGACGAGUAUUCUUGGUGAUGAAAUUCUUGGAGAAAUUUUUCUUUCAGUCUUAUUACAAAUCAGCAGAUUACAGUUUUGUCUAAAUAUUCGGAAUGCCAGAUUUCUUGAUGACACUUGGCAGCUGCCUGAGCUACUUACUUUUGAAUUAGUGCCUUGUAAGACUCUUGGAGUUUCUGUUUGUUUUACUAAAGGAAAAGCAUUGGUUGUUAAUGUCCAAGAAAAUUCAGUAGCUGCAGAAGAUGGUAAAGUUGAAGUCGGUGAUGUUUUGGAUGAAAUAAAUGGCCAAGUACUGACAACAAAUACUCGAGGAAAAUUAGGAAAAUUAUUAAAAAAGUCAUUUGGUCAACCUAUAACUUUGCAUAUUAUCAAAAAACGGUACAAGUCAAACGAAUUGUACGGGCCGAUUGCGUCCCUGAUAAAAAAUUGUGGAAUCGAUCGUUUAAAAGUCAUUUUGAAGCCACAAAAACCAGUUGAAUGUCUGGAACAAAAAGCUGUGGUGGAAGUCAAAAAAAAUCCUGAUAACCCAGGGUACCGAGUUGCGUACUGUGGGAAUGUUUCAACAGGCACUGCUGGAGAUGUAAAGCAAAUCGAGCAGGCUAUUAACAAACUUAUUAAGCGCGGUGAUAUUAAAUUUAUUGAUGUUAAGUUUGAGUGCUUAGAAAUAGGUAUCAAAAUAACACAAGAGUCAGAUGAUUCUGUAAUUUUAAAUCAAUCUUAUAUGGAAAUUUCAUCUUGUGGACGUACUGCCAAUAUUCCAGACUAUUUUGCAUUUAUUGCAGGGGAUAAAAACUGUAAUUCAUCAAAAAAAUUUACGGCUUAUAUUUUUCAUCAUCGUAAUUCUAAUGAAGUUCAAACUAUUCUUCAAAGUUUAGCUCAAGGUUUUCAUCGUACACAUUACGCAGUUUAAAGAAAUUUUAAUUAUAAAUAAAAUAAAUGAAUUUAUCUCUUAAAUUUUACUAAUUAAAUCUAACACCACAUCAAUAUAAAUUGAUUGUCAAUACCAAAGAACAACACCAAAGAAUUGUUAUUAAUUUAUUUCUUAGUAAAUAAAAAUAAACUUAAA